AUACAGACAAAGAUAAAGAUGCUUAAUAGACCAUCGAGGUCAACUAGAGGACAAAGACAGACACCAUUGUCUGCUGAGGAGAUUGCUAAAGAUGAACAGUUUUGGAAACCGUUGAUGGAGGCUGAGGCAGAGGAUGAGGAGGAUGAUCCUGACUUUGAAGCUGAAUCAGAGGAUGAUGACGAUGACGAUGCAAUCGGCUCAGAUGAAGAAGUUAGUGAACAAUCAAGUGAAGAUGAGGUCAGCGUUGCCAUUGACAAAGCAAAAGAUAGACCAACUAAGGUAAGUUAUGUUGUGAUGUUCAUUCAAUCGUUCAUUCAAUCUCACUCGCUCACUCAAUCAAUCAAUCAUCAUUAG